CGAGUCUGCACAAUGGCCAGUCGACGACAAAGCUCGAGAAUUGCUGCCGAUCGCAUUCGAUCCCAGUUGGAUUCAGAUGAAGAGAGGGGGAACCGUGUUUCGGCGCGCCGGGCACCGAUCCCAGCAGGACGGGCAUCUUUGAAACGACGCGUCCUGAGCAACAGAGGGCACGCGCCUGCGGAAGCGGAACAACAACCGCCACCAGCCUCGCGCGCGCACGUUGGUAAACGACCCAGGGCUGUCAAAAGGGCCGCAACGGGGUCCAGGACCAAGCGCGGCCUCGCUGAGCGACUCUUUACGGGCCCCGGGGAGCCUCAGGCUCACGAUUGCGACUUUGGCAGCGCCCGGCGCCCGGCGCCGCGGCUGCACUCAACGCUCUAUCACAGGCCGUUGCUGCUCUUUGGAGAGACUGGGCGGCUGGGCCGAACGAGGCUGCUGGAAUGGUACGACGGGGUCAGCGAGGACCGACUUAUGCCAUGGCGGAAAGCAUUCAAUGCCGAGCUCCUGGGCCCUGGAGCAGAGUCGCGGGCGGGGCUCUCGGUGCGUGCGUACGAGGUCUGGAUCUCGGAGAUCAUGCUCCAACAGACCAGGGUGGCGGUGGUCAAGGACUACUGGACGAGGUGGAUGAAGAAAUGGCCGACCGUGGAGGACCUGGCUGCGGCCGAGGAGGACGAGGUGAUGGCGGCGUGGCGGGGCCUCGGAUACUACAGCCGGGCGAGGAGGAUCCUCGAGGCAGCGAAGAAGGUGGUGCAGGACCCGGCACGGCGCGGGCUGCUGCCGCAGACGGCCAAGGAGCUCGAGGAGGAGAUGGCCGGGGUGGGCCGCUACACCGCAGGGGCGAUAUCUGCCAUCGCAUUUGGAAAUGCAGACUGCAUGGUGGAUGGCAACGUGCUGCGCGUGCUGAGCCGGCAGCUGGGGAUCCUCGGCGACGUCAAGUCAGACAAGGCAGUCACAGACCUGCUGUGGGCCGCCGCGCAGGCUCUCGUCGAGGCCGCCACGCUCGAGCGCUCCGACGUGGACGUGGACGUGGACGUGGACGUGGACGAGGCCAGUGACGUGCCCGGGCGCUGGGGCCAGGCCCUGAUGGAGCUGGGCAGUACCGUCUGCACGCCACAGCCCAAUUGUGUGGGCUGUCCGAUCAGCCUGACGUGCCGGGCAUUCGAGGAAGGGAAGACGAUAGCAAGCAUAAGAGAAGAGGACGGGGCCCGCGGUUCAGGCGGGCUGGUGGACAUGGAGGAUGCCUGCGGCAUCUGUUCGGAGUGGGACGUGGGGGGCGCAGGGGGCAUGGCGCAUGUGCGAAAGUUCCCGGUCAAGACUGCGAAGAAGGCAGUGCGCGAGGAGGAGACGGUGGUGUGUGCGGUGCGGCGUGGCUGUGACGGGAGCUACCUGAUCCAGAGACGGCCAGACGCGGGGCUCCUUGCCGGGCUGUGGGAGCUCCCGAGCACGGUGGUGCCGGCGGCGGGCCGGGGACGGGGGCGGACAGGCCAGGAGCUGGCCCGGGAGCUUGUGGCAGGGCUGUUUGAGAGGGGGAGGGGCAGCAUCAGAUACGUCGGCGAGCUGGGGAGUGUGCCGUGGGCCUUCUCGCACCUGAAGCUGACGAUGCACGUGCACAGCUUCCAGGUCGAGGGCGGCGCCGACGACAUGGUGGUGGUGGCUGACAGGACGCGGUGGGCAGACGCGGCAGGCGUCGAGGCCGAGACCAUGGGGACGGGGAUGCGCCACUGCUGGUCGUUGGUAGCGAGGGCUGCUGCUACAUGCGGAUAGUAUCAGCCAUUAUUAUUAGUCUGAAACAAGAGGUACCUGGUACCCCCAA